UCAACAGGAAGUUGUCACGCUGUUGCCGGAAGCGCAUUGCUUUGCGGAAGUGCCAUUCACAUUCUGUUGCGUGUUUUUUAAUUAAUGAUUUUUUUCCCCUGUGUUGUUGCGCUAAUUAUCCUGCACAGAUGUCUAGACUUUAUUUAGAGAAGAUUGCACAUCUUUAUGACCGCUACCGGGAUUAUGUGACCCGGAAUCCGGGUGUUACGGCGCAGCUGGAGAGCGCAGUGCGGACUCUCUCUUAUCUAAUAGCAGGACGCUUUUCAGACUCUCAUGAACUUUCAGAGCUGGUGUAUUCAGCAUCAAACUUGCUGGUGUUGCUGAAUGAUGACAUUCUUAGGAAGGCUGUUUCCAAGACUCUGCCUGUGUCUCUCUCUCAGCAGAGGCUGCUAACUUGGCUUUCUGUCCUGGAGUGUGUGGAGGUCUUCACUGAGAUGGGAGCCGCUAAGCUGUGGAGAGAAACCGGGCGCUGGUUGGUCAUCGUCCUCAUUCAGAUUGCAAAAGCUAUCCUGCGCAUCCUGCUGCUGUUCUGGUAUAAAUCAGGCAUCCAGACAUCACCUCCCAUAAUCCCUCUGGAUAGAGACACACAGCUCUACAGCAGAGAUCAGGGCAGCAUGGAGGAAGACGUCACAUUCGUCGGCCAGCGCUCAGGGAGAGUGGUGAGACCUUUGAGAAGUGUGUCUUCACUGCAGAGUCGACUGUGGGGUAAUCCUCACACAGAGAGGAAGCUCAGGGAGCAGGAGGAGGACCUACAGGCAAGCCCCACCCCUUUGGGCCUGCAGGAGACUAUUGCAGAAUCACUGUACAUUGCUCGACCCAUAGUGCACUUGACCGCUCUAGGACUUUGUGGCAGACAAUCCUGGAAGCCGUGGCUCAUCUCUGGCAUCUUGGAGAUAACAAGUUUCAGUUUGUUGUCUGACACGAUGAAGACGCUGAACCGCAGAGAGAGGGCCGAGAUGAGGAGACGAGCCUUCCUCCUGCUCUACUAUCUGCUCCGCUCACCUUUCUACGACAGAUAUUCCAAAGCAAAGAUCCUCUUCCUUCUCCGGUUUUUAGCCGAUUACAUUCCUGGAGUAGGUUUAGUUGCACGUCCAUUGAUGGAAUACUUGCCCAUUUGGCAGAAGAUCUACUUUUAUAACUGGGGCUGAGACAUGCUGAAAAGGUCAUGCAGACCUGUACACAUAAAGGACUCAAAGUGCUUACAUCUGCUGCAGAACCACAUGAACACACGCACACACGCACACGAGGACAUCCUGCGACAAUCUGAGUUGAAGAUGAGUUGUAGAUGAAGUAGAAGUGCUAUGACAUCGCACAUUAUUUCAGUUUUUUAGCUAGCAUGAUUGAGUUAUGAUUGUUUUCAUAAAAUGGACCAUUAAUAAUCCAGUCCAGGAAGUCAUUGUUGGCUUUAUUUUUGCUUCAUUUUGGUUUGUUUUUAUGCAUCUUUUAUUUUAUUACUUUGUAUUGUACAAUUAAUCAAAUCUCUCAGUGCCACAUUUUACACUACUUUGUUCAUGUAAUGUUUGCUUAUGAUGACACACAUCUAUUCUGUUCAGAUUUUUUUUUUUUAAGAGCUAAUGGUUUCACGCAACAGGACAGUGAUUCUACCUGACUCGCUGAGCUUGAGUCAUUAUUGCUGUUGAGAUAUUGUGUUUAAAGCUGUAAGACCUUUUCAGAGGACAUCCUGUCUUUCUCGACACCCUUUACUUCAAACCAGCAUUAUAAGCAGUGAACUGAUGAAUGUCCUCUGUUUUUCACUGUGAACUAACUAAAAGCUCGUUUUGGUAAUUGAGUAAAACUGACUUUUGUGUGAUGGCUGUAAAUGAUCUAUGUGAUUAUAAAUAUUCAUGAUUUUAUCAAAGGCAUCUGGGGGGAAAAAAAAAAAGAAGA